CAUCCUGAGAUAGAGUGCUGAACCAAAAAAAAAUCACCACUAUCGGAAACCGCUCCGAUAAUUCUCGAUUCGAGCAACAGAAGAUGAUUGCAACUGCCGGUACCGGCCACCGUUGGAUGUUGAAGACCGGUUCUUGCGCACUCCUUCUUCCUCCGCACUCCUCCUCUUCCCCUCUCGCCAAGACGCUCCCUUCCCGCCCCCGCCUUUUCAAGACCCGCCACCCCAUUUCGUGUUCGCGUGCCGCCCGCGAACGAGACGACGCCGACGACGAUGCUCCGAUGGGCGGCGCCGGGGGUGAGGCGAAGGGGUCGGGGACCACCGCGAGGGCGCGGAGGCUGCUCAAGGUCCGCGAGGAGAAGCGGAGGCGGGAGCACGAACAGCUGCACAGCUAUCCUGCUUGGGCCAAGGUUCUAGAGGGCGCCUGCAAGGACGACACCGAGCUUCGGGCCGUUCUUGGUGAUAGCAUCGGCAACCCCGAGCUCAUGAGGAAAAGGGUUGAAGAACGAGUGAGAAAGAAGGGUCGAGAUUUUAGAAAAUCAAAGACUGGAUCGGUCCUCGCUUUCAAAGUUAGCUUUAGAGAUUUCAAUCCUGCUGAAUCUUACAUUUGGUUUGAACUCUAUGGAUCUCCAUCAGACAGGGAGGUUGAUCUAAUUGGAAGUGUUAUUCAAUCGUGGUAUGUCAUGGGGCGCCUGGGUGCCUUCAAUUCUUCUAAUAUGCAGCUGGCAAAUAUGUCAAUGGACUAUGAUCCUCUCUAUGAUGCUGAUAAGGGUGCAAAUGUGAUGCCAUCAUCAUUCCAUGAUAUCAGUGAUGUGGAGUUUCAGGACAACUGGGGUCGUUUUUGGGUAGACCUCGGUACCUCUGAUUACUUUGCUAUUGAUGUACUCUUAAACUGCUUGACAGUUUUAAGCUCAGAGUACUCAGGCAUUCAGCAAAUUGUUUUUGGUGGUCGGCGCAUGGGUGACUGGGAAGAAGGGAUGACCAAUCCAGAGUAUGGAUAUAAGUACUUUAAGAUUUGAUUUAUGUGCGAUUAUUGUUUAGAUGGUCCAUGCUUUAUGUACAUUCUUACACCUUGGCUAGAGCACAUAGGUAAAAAGUCCUGGUUCUGGAAAGUGGAUUUUGAUUGCAAGUCAAUUGCCGACUAAGAACACUGGAGUUUUGUUGAAGAAUGGGGAGUCAAUAAGUAAUAACAUGACGAUCCUGAUUCAUUUAUCCAGAAUCCCUGGUUCUUACAUGAAUAUCAUUCACUAUGGUCUUACUUAUUGAGAAGUUCUAUGCCUUCA